ACAGACGUUGAAUUAAAGCGCAUUUCGUCAAUUGUAAAAACAUAAUUAUUUUUGUUUACAAAAACUAAUAUUUACACAAUUUCAACUGAAAAUGGCAUCAACAACAUCGUGCCGUUUAUGUAGUUUUACUUGUGAAGAAUUUAAAUGUUUAUAUGACGACAAUGGCCAGGAAAGUGCAGUUUAUCAAAUUGCAGUCAAAUAUUUUAAUCCAUCGCUCUUGAAUUCUGGUACAGAUACUACUUUAAGGGUUAUUUGUUUAGAAUGCUGGCAACAUAUUAGCGACUUUCACAGUUUUCAUCAGUGGAUCCUUAAUGCUCAAGCACAACAGGAAGAUAUGGAAUUGAUCGUACAUGAAGAAAAAUCGGAUGAACAGAUUUCGACUUUUGAUGUUAUUGAGUUUGAUUUAAUUGAUGAUACUAGUACAUCAAAAUCAAGUCACUCGACCAAAUCAAUUUCUUCGCCAAUAAAUUCGAUAGAAAGUGAAGAUGAAAACUAUAAUGAUUCCAUAACGAAAUUGAGGCGGAAGUUGGAAUGCUAUAAAUGCAAGGACAUAUUUGAAAGUUUUGCUAAUUUAGAUGCCCAUUUUCAACAAUUUCAUCCAAUUGACCAAUUUUAUGUUAUUUGUUGCAACGAAAAAUUUUAUCAGAGAUGGAAUCUCUUUGAACAUUUUCUUGGUUUUCACAAGCAAAAAGAUGUAAAUCCUUUUAAAUGUGAACAAUGUGGAGCUUCAUUUUCACAAUAUGGAAACUUAAGAAGACAUGUGAGAAGAAAACAUACGGUACAGCCAUUACUUAAAUGGAUAUGCAAAUAUUGUAAUAAAAUGUUUAAAAAUCGAUCAAAUUUAGAAAGGCACAAAAAUAAGAUACAUACUUCUCAGUUAAACAAUGAUUUACAACACGAAAAUAAAAUUGAUGAAGAGGAAUAUCUAGAUAGUUUCGAAAUAGACUAUGAACCAGAGGAGGAUAUUCAAGUGGAUGCAGUGUAUGAAACAAACGACAUUUCAAAUCUUAAUAAAUACGAGUCUAUAUUGAAUGCAUUUCCCUUAGAAAGUUCGGAAGUCAAUAAAGAUCUACAAAGUUUGAAGCAAGUUUCUUAUAGUAAUGAUAUAUAUAUAAAAGAAGAAUCAGAUAUAGAAUUUGACAUUACUUCAUCAUCAACUGACAUAAAUGCCACUAAACAAAUACAUAUGCCUGCUUUAGAUAUUGUUGAUAUAAAGAAUGAAAAUUCUACGGAUACUGAAAGUGAAGGAGACACAAAAAAAUUUAAGAAAAAUGUAAAAACUAAUGAAUUCAACUCAGAUUUAGAAAAAGGAUAUGAUGACUUCAUAGAUAAAUGGAAAGGGGAUUUGGAAUGUCCUAAAUGUAAUAAACACGUAAUAAGUUAUCAACAGCUAAGUGAGCAUUUUGCUUUGGAGCAUCCGGAAGAACGUUGUUAUAUUAACUGUUGUCACAUUACCCUUUAUGAACGUACAAGUAUUGUUGAGCAUUUACGUUUUCAUGAAAACCCUAAUGCUUUUGAGUGUUCAGAUUGCGGCAAAUGUUUUAAGAAUAGCAAAGGUUUGGGCUCCCAUAAGCUACAAGUUCACAGUGACAAUCGAAGUGCAUAUCACUUACAUUUAUGCUAUUGCAAAAGAGCCAAAGAACUACAUGCCGAAAAUAAAGCUAAAGGACAACAAAUAGAGUACGACACUGUUGUAUGUUGCCAACGUAAAAAGAAAAUAUUAGAAGAUGAUGCCCUCAUUGCAGGGUGGAAAAAGGAUUUAACUUGCGAAAUAUGUAAAGAAUCUUUCUCCUAUUACUCCCUGAUGCGUGCUCAUUUCUACCACAAACAUCCAGGAGAAAAAUGUUAUAUUUUAUGCUGCCAUCGCAAGAUAUCUCGAAUUUCUGAUGCAUUAGAGCACAUACGUUCCCAUUUGGACCCCCAAGCAUAUCGAUGUAAAAUAUGUAACAUAACAUUUUCUGGCAAAAGCACUUUGGCAAAACAUAUGCGCAAUGUGCACAUGGAUUCCAUACCGAAACAUAAAUGGGCCUGUAAUAAAUGUGAUAAGACUUUCGAAAUACGUCAAAUUUUAACAAGACAUCAAAAUGUUUACCAUUCUCAAUAGAGAUUGAUAAAUUUUUAGUUUACACUAAACUAUAAAACAAAAUCGUCAUACUUAUUCUUUAAGACUUGAAUAUUAAAAAAAACUGAAGAUAAAAGUUUACUAUUCCUUUUUUAUAUUCUGCCCAAUUAUGAAUAAAAAUUCCCUGGAGUUUUCUCCCUUUUCCCAUUUUCCUAUGUAAAUUCAAUGGGAAAUAACUUCAGGGGAACAAACUCCCGGGGAAUUUUUUAUUCAUAAUUGGGCUGAUUAAUUAUUUUAUGAAUUUAUAUUUUUUAAAAGUACAGUAAUUUUUAUUUUGUAAAAUAUGUAUUUUUAUUGGCCUAUUGAGGCUUUUUAAUAUUACUUGAAUUAAAAUAAAAAAAAGCAUUCGAAAUCUA